ACAUAAUAUGUAUGCUAUAGUGUAAAUGUAGUUAAGUUAUAUUACAAAUGUGACUAUAUAGGGCUUCGUUGCUGCUCAGGGACCUGGUCAUUGAAUAUUCAUUGAAAAGCAACGGGAGUUCUCGGUUUACGACAGAGUGCGUCUGUGCGCGUGGUGGGAACGGUAGCAAGAUGGCGGCGCUGAAGGAGGAGCAGUGCUACGGACUGUCCUGUGGAAGAGUGAGCAACGGUAGCAAUGUAUCCGUCUUUCACGUUAAACUCACUGACAGCGCACUGCGAGCGUUUGAAGGCUACCAGGGCAGCAAGGUCCUGUCAUCACGGCCAUUGAUCAGAUUUAAUGGAAACCAAGGGAAAAUUUCAAUACCACGGUCAGAAAAUUCCAGUGAACUGCAAACGUUUACUUUCUAUCUGUCAAAUGUGGGCAGAGAUAACCCCCAGGGCAGCUUCGACUGCAUCCAGCAGUACAUCACCAGUGAAGGGAGCAUUCAGCUGGAUUGUUUGGGUGGGAUCCAGGACAAGAUUACAGUAUGUGCCACAGAUGACUCCUACCAGAAGGCCAGGGAAAAUAUGGCCCAGGUCGAGGAGGAGACUCGCAGUAGGAGUGCUAUCGUCAUCAAGCCUGGGGGAAGAUACGUAGGUAAGAAGGUUCAGAUCCGGAAACCGGCACCUGGCCUCUCGGACGUCGCCCCGUUGCGGAGGACCUCUCGGCCGGUCAUCAUCUCUAGCAGUACGCUAAAGAAGGGCACAGCUCAGCACAGGCCGCUGCGGGAGCGCCUCACACACCUGCUGGCCCUCAAGCCUUACAAGAAGCCUGAGCUGAUCCUGAGGUUGCAGAAAGAUGGCCUCUUGCCAUUAGACAAGGACUCCCUGGAUAGCCACCUGCAACAGGUGGCGAACCUGAAUGGGAAAGACAACACCUUCACAUUGAAGGACUUUUUGUAUAAGGAGAUUCAGAAGGACUGGCCAGGCUACACAGAAGGAGACCAGCAGCUUCUUAAGAGAAUCCUGUUUAAAAAACAGAACCAGGCCCAGAACAGCUCUGCCCCUCCGCUGGAGAGCCCGCCCAAAGAGCUGGCCAGCAGCUCGCCAUCUCAGAAACGGCCCCCUGCGGACUUCAUCGACCCUCUUGCCAACAAAAAGCCCAGGAUAUCGCAUCUCGCCAGCAAAGCUGCAACAGCCCCAGUUAAUGGCAAGCUCAGCUCCUCCAACGGGAGAGGGGAGGCAGGUGGAGCGCAGGCAGGUGAAGCGCAGGCAGGCGUGGCGGUUUCUAUGUCAGACGGCGGCUUGACGUCCAGCUCCCAGCAGCUCCCCGUGCUGGACAUCCCUCGUCCUUUCGAAGCACUGUCGGAUGUCAGCAAUGACUCCAGCCACAACGGGAGAGAUUGUGACUCUCAGGAAACCGCUGUGUCCGAGAGGCUCGGCCAGCCUCCUUCGUUGUUCUUGGGCUCGACGAUGCUCACCGCGCCCAGCAUCGGCACGUCCUCUCCUGGGCACACGGGCGCCGACGGCCCUCGGGACAAGAGUCCUUCAUCCUUCAACAACAAGUCCAGGAAGAAGUCAAAAAAGCAUAAAGACAAGGAGAAGAGCAAAGAUAAGGAGAGGGUGAGAGAGAGGGCGCAAGCGAAGGAGAGGAAGAGUCGUGGGGAGCGUGUGCCUGAGCCUAACCGAGCCUGUGGGAUGAGCCCAGGAAACCUCACAAGCAACAGUAUUCCACACAAAAGCACAGAUCUAAAUGGGAUGUGCAACAGUACCAGUAUUCCUACGUCAUCACCUGAGGUGGCAGACUAUUUAGUGAAGUACACGGUGAUCGGCUCUCCGGAGCAACGUCAGAGGUAUAAAAACGAUUUCAACGCAGAGUACAGCGAGUACCGGGGUCUGCAUGCUCGGAUAGAGGGCAUCACCCGGCAGUUCACUGUGCUGGACAAUGAGCUCAAACAGCUCCAUCAAGGCACAGACAACUUCUUUUUUUUUACAAUCCACAAUCAGAUACUUCAAGAGUAUCAUAAAAUAAAAAAGACUAAUCCAAACUAUAGCCAAGAGAAGAACCGCUGUGAAUAUCUACACAACAAACUGGCACAUAUAAAGAGACUUAUUGCCGAGUACGAUCAACAGCAACUUUAAAAGUAGUUAGUAGACAUUGUUUCCCUGUUGUCUCUGGAAACCAAGCAGAUAAAGGAAAACUCUGGAUUCUGCCUGUGCUAAAAAAAUAAAUAAAAAGUUGUCAUGGAAGACGCCAUGAAAGGAGUAUUCCACUCAUUGGGGCCAAAGGCUCUAAUGAGGACUAAGCAGGACACGCAAUCUUUUUUUUUUUUUUUUUUUUUUUCUCAUUUCUUUUUUUGGAAGAUGGGGUGUGCCUAGAGUGGCCAGGCCCGUCUGUGUAGUUACAGUGCAUUAAGAAAAAUAGGUUCUGUGUGGCUUUUGUUUUUCUCAACAGCCCACCCUGCUUAUAGUGCACAGAGGUCUGAACGAGUCAAACAUGGAGACUCUGCUACUUUCUUGGGGACACGGAGAUGAAAACUGCAGAUUGUAUGCCAAAUGCAACUCAUGUUUUUUGUUUUUGUUUUUUUAGUAAAGAAAUGAUGCAUCAGUUUUCCCCACAUGCUGAAUCGAAUGGUUAUGACGUUGGAAGUUAUUUCUCCGUUUUUUUCUUCUUUCUUUUUAUUUAUUUUUGACACUUAAAUUGGGGGGAAUGAGUCUGUUUUACACUCCUCAAUAUCAGUACUUAAAAAGCUGUCUCUCUUUUUCUGUCCUCACAUCUUGAAUGUCAGCCAGUAUUUUAUUCAGAAGCUGCCUUGCCCAUCUAAUUGUCAUUCUGUUGGCAUUAAUUAUUUUUCUUUCUUUUUUUUUAAAGCUGUGCAGAUAUCACUAUUGGUUAAAUCAAGCAGAGGCAUCUUAAAUGCACACAGUCGGACGCAGGUUUGUGCGUAUGUUUGAAAGUUUCCAGUCACUCUUGAGCUGUAGAUUUUCUUUUGAGCGCGGUCCUCACUCGGGCCGUGACGAACGGCCGUGCACGUUCAUCGGUUACAGCGUGUGGUCCUUUUUAGUUAUAUCAUCAUAAUGUAUCGGUCAAAAAAAAA